AAGAACAGUCAACCUCCCGGCUCGCCCAGUCCACCCCUUUCCCCCCCCCCCCCCCCACAUAAUCUCCUCGGGGAUUUCCCAUCACAGAAAGUGGGAAGGACGAGGAAUAUCCAUUGAUGGGUUUCCUUCGACCGUAACUGAUAAAGGGGUUGCCUGUCCUGUCGUUACUUUUCCCAGUGGAUAUCCCGAUCUCAGUUUGUCGACUCGAAGCUCAGUCAGCUCACCAUUUUUGUUUGGGCAAAAAAGAAACGCAAGGAAAUGGGUCAUGGGGGCUCCAAGGAGACCAAUUCGACACCUUCUUCCCGCACUUCCCGGUUCCGGGACCGGCUCCGCCACCCCCGCCGCCACCUCCUGCACCGCCUCAGCCGACAUGGCAGCAGCGGCAACUCCGUCAACACCUCCGCCGAGGACUUCGCCGGGAUAGCUCUGCUCACUCUACGUUCUGCAGAGAUGAAGUUCAAGGACCGGUGGCUCGCCUGCGUCUCGUUCGGAGAGCAGACCUUCCGGACAAACAUCUCGGAUCACACUGAGAAACCCGUCUGGAACUCCGAAAAGAAACUUCUGUUGGAAAGAAAUGGUCCUCAUAUUGCAAGGAUCUCCGUAUUCGAGAAAAAUAAAGUGUCAAAGAACAGUCUGAUCGGGUACUGCGACUUCGACCUACUUGAAUUCCUAGAAGAGGAGCCGGUGAAUGACUCGGAAGUCUUGGACUUGUUGGAUCCAUCAUCGUCUGACACUGUUGUGGGCCGCAUUUUAGUUUCAUGCUCUGUCGAGGAUCCAGUUGAGACGGAGAAGAGUUUUGCAAGGCGCAUUUUAUCAAUAAUGGACUACAAUGAAGAUGGAAAGCUAUCAUUCUCUGAAUUCUCUGAUUUGAUCAAUGCUUUCGGAAACGAACUGGCAGCUAAUAAGAAAGAGGAGAUUUUCAAAGCAGCUGACAUAAACGGGGAUGGAGUUGUGAGCAUGGAUGAGCUAGCCAUCCUACUAGCGCAGCAACAAGAAGAGGAACCUAUUAUGAAUCAUUGCCCUGUUUGUGGUGAGGUUCUACAAGUCUCGGAUAAAUUGAAUUCUAUGAUCCAUUUAACCCUGUGUUUCGAUGAAGGAACAGGGAAUCAGGUCAUGACCGGAGGAUUCUUAACUGAUAAACAGGCCUCAUCUGGGUGGAUUUUUAAACUAAGUGAAUGGGCUCAUUUUUCAUCCUAUGAUGUUGGCUUAAACUACGGUUCGGGCGCUGCAAACAUUGUGGUGUUUGACCGCAGAACCAAGAGGCUAGUGGAAGAAUUAAUUGAUGGGAAAAUUGUAUUAUCGAUGAGAGCAAUUUAUCAGUCCAAAUUUGGGUUGGGACUUCUUGAUGCAGGGGCCAAAGAAAUUCUGCAGAGCAUCUCCGAGAAGCAAGGGAAGAAAAUGAACACUGCUGAAUCUGCUGAAGACAUACCAAAGUUCAUUCAUUUUUUUAAGGAUCAAAUCAAUAUGGCUGAUGUUAAAUACCCACUGGAACAUUUCAAGACUUUCAAUGAAUUUUUCAUUAGAGAGCUAAAACCCGGUGCAAGACCAAUCGAGAGUCCAGAACAUGAUAAUAUUGCUGUUUGUGCUGCUGAUAGUCGUCUGAUGGCAUUUAAAUUUGCUGAACAAAGCACUAGAUUUUGGAUUAAGGGAAGAAAGUUUUCUGUUCGAGGCCUUCUGGGGAAAGAAGUAGAUUCACAACCGUUUGAGGGGGGAGCAUUAGUAAUCUUCCGGUUAGCUCCACAGGAUUACCAUCGGUUUCACUUGCCGGUCAGUGGAACUAUCGAGAAAUUUGUAGAUAUACCUGGGUGCUUAUAUACUGUCAACCCCAUCGCCAUCAACAGCAAGUACUGCAAUGUCUUCACGGAGAACAAGCGAGUCGUAUCCCUCAUCUCCACUGAAGAUUUUGGGAAGGUGGCAUUCAUUGCGAUUGGUGCUACUAUGGUGGGCAGUAUCACCUUUUUAAAGCACAAGGGUGAAUAUGCCAAGAAAGGAGAUGAGUUUGGAUACUUCUCAUUUGGAGGGAGCACGGUCAUCUGCGUCUUUGAGAAGGAUGCAAUAGAGAUCGAUGAAGAUCUCCUACAAACAAGUGCCCGAUCACUGGAAACCCUUGUUUCGGUGGGAAUGAAGCUGGGCACCUCUACUGGAAAGAGAGUUGGAGAAGAUCCAGUUAGGGGGUUGAAGGAGCUUAGUUUUUCACGUGAGUAGUUGUUUUAUGAACUUGAUACUUGCUCAUCCCAUGUGACAUAACCUUUGGUUUGUAACAUCAUUUGGUGGAGAAUGUUCAUCCUGUACAUGAAGCAAAUAAUGGUGAAUUAAUGCUGGGCAGAGUUUGCUGAUCCAAUCACUGCUCGCUUUAGAUUUAGUAA